AUGACGUCUUCGUCCGAACAACUAUCGAAAGCCCAAACUCCAAUGGAGCAACGUACCGAUCUUUUAGCGAAACGGUUUCUUGGCUUGGAGAAGAAUAUCUGGAUUGAGUUUGCUGCAUUAGCUGUCGAACACAAGGCAGUUAAUGUCGGACAAGGUUUUAUUGACUACGAACCACCUCAAUAUCUUAUCGAUUUCUGGAAAGCAACUGUCAAUGAUCCGAAUAUUCUUCUACAUCAAUACACACGUGGAUUCGGUCAUCGACGGUUAGUCGAAGCCAUUUCAAAUGUCUAUUCGCCAUUUUUCAAUCGAAAAAUCGAUCCUUUGAACGAAAUCCUCGUCACCGGUGGUGCGUACCCUUCAUUAUUCAAUUCUUUUCAUGGUUUUCUCAACCAUGGCGACGAAGCAAUUCUAAUCGAACCCUUCUUUGAUUGUUAUGAACCAAUGGUUCGUUCUUCUGGAGCAGUUCCACGAUGUAUUGCACUAAAACCAACACCGGCAUCCAUCGAUGCGGAUAUUUCAUCAAGUUCAGAUUGGGUUCUCGAUAAGGAUGAAUUAGAAUCGAUGUUCAAUUCCCGUACACGUCUUAUUAUCAUCAACACUCCAAACAAUCCAAUUGGAAAAGUGUUCACUCGUGAAGAACUUGAACAUAUCGCGAGUUUAUGUCAAAAGCAUAACGUGAUUUGCAUAUCGGAUGAAGUUUAUGAAUGGAUCACCUACGAUCCAACCAAGAAACAUAUCCGUAUAGCAACAUUGCCAAAUAUGUGGGAACGAACAGUGACGAUCGGAAGUGCGGGAAAAACAUUUUCAUCAACUGGUUUGAAACUAGGAUGGACAAUAGGGCCGAAACAUCUCAUUCGUUGUUGUCAAAUUGCUCAUCAAGAUUGUGUUUAUACGUGUCCAACUCUUCCCCAAGAAGUGAUUGCUCGUUGUUUCGAAUAUGAACUCACGCGUCUGAAUUCGCCUGAAUGUUAUUUUAAUUCGAUUCCGUCAGAAUUUAUUGGCAAACGUGAUAAACUUGUUCAAGCUUUGAAAGAAUGCGGAAUGAAACCGGUCGUGCCCGAUGGAGGCUAUUUCGUUCUUGCUGAUUUUAGUCAACUUGCCGGUGAUCAAUUUCAGUCCGACGCUGAAGACAUGAAAGAUUUUAAAUUUGUUCGAUAUUUAACUAAAGAAAAACAACUCGCAACUAUUCCGGUGACUGGCUUUUAUACAGCCGAACAUCGUCGUUCGGUGGAUAAAUACAUUCGCUUUUGUUUUGCCAAAAAAGACGAAACUCUCGACAAAGCUAUUGAAAUUCUCCGAAAGCUCAAGAAGCAAUAG